AUGGCAUCAUCUGGGAUCAUGUCGCGAGCUGAUAUCGAGGAAUCGGUACUAGCUGACGUCGCAAAGUUUUGCAACACGCCAGUCACUGCCAUAGAAGACCUCUACGAAUGCACCCCAUCACAAAUCCACAUGAUUCAUGAAACAAAACCCGAAGUAUACCAGUUUGUCCUCACGUUCGGCCCUGGAGCCAGUAUUGAGCGGUUUUCCGAAGCCCUUCAGGGUGUGAUUUCGAAGAAUCCAACGUUGCGCACGAGGUUUGCAAAAUGUCAUCUCGGGACCCUUCAAGUAGUUUUGGGCGUGGAGGAAAUCCCCAUCCGCCCUUCUGGCGACGUCGAUCAGUAUCUGCGUGGUAGCAGAGCAGACGGUCUGUGGUUGGGAGUACCACUGUUCCGCGCGGCCUUCCUCGGCAGGAACUUUGUUGCUACGAUACACCACGCCGUUAUGGACUACUGGUCUUGGUUCACAAUGUUCAACGUGGACGUGGCGGCUGCGUAUUACGGACAUGCAACUCCGGAGCGCCCUGCGUUCAAAGAGUUUGUCGCUCACUGUAGGGCGAUUGACGACUCCGAAGCCAAGUCUUUCUGGGCCUCCCGAUUCAGAGGUAUUCCUGCUGCUUUCCCCAGUUUCAAGUCGGGGUGUUCGGAUAAAGUGAGGAGAGCCAUGACAAGAGAGGUAGCUUUCAGACGUAUGAGCGGCGAAGAAGUCCAUGCCCAAAUGCCCUACUACAUCGAGGCCGCGUGGGCUAUAACGUCGAGUAUUUACACGGGAAACGACAGCGUCUCUUAUGGCUACCUCUUGUCUGGCCGGUCGUCCUCUUCAAAUGGGUUCCAGGGUACUCUGGGCCCGACCGUCACCGAAGUUCCUGUGCAGGUUGAUCUGCAUCGCAACAUGACCGUCGGACAACUGAUUAAAAACAGGGCUCUUUCUCUGCGACAGCUGCAGGCGCAUCCCGCCGUACAUUGGGGCAUAAGCAAGAUUAACGCUGCUAGCCAGGCAUCCAAGCACGCUGCAUCGUACCGAACACUGCUGAAUAUCUUGCCCGAGCUUCCUGCUGCGGGUGGCAACACCGAUAUCAAGUUGGACCGCAUGGUGUCUGUUGAAGCACCAUUUCCCUUGCAUUUAAUCUUCAGCAUAAAUGACGGUGGAUUCAUCAUCGAUCCCAGGUUCGAUCCCGAGGCCAUCUCCGAGGUCCAACUGAACCAAGUCUUGAAUCAGUUCGAGUAUGUACUGCAACUGCUGACAGAAGCUGCGCCAAAGACCAAGUUGAGCAGCUUGAAGCUACUGAAUCCACAUGACCGUCAGCGUAUUUCCACAUGGAAUGCACGAGUUGUGGAGAAGUCAGCAAAGCCUAUUCACGAGUUGUUCCGUGAUCAAGUGCGAGUUCGACCUGACGCAACGGCAGUGGAGGCCAGUGACGGGACGGCUGAUUAUCGACUUUUGGACCAAAUGACUGAUCGGCUGGCUCAAGAACUGCGACGAAGAGGCGUCGUACGCAGCGUUGCGGUGGCCUUGGUGUUUGAGAGGUCCCUAUGGGCAGUCGUCGCGAUGCUCGGAAUUUUGAAAGCGGGAGGUAUAUGCGUCCCACUCGACAAGAAUGACAACAUCGAGGACAGAGCAGCAAUUUGCUCCCGGGUGGGUGUGAAACUUGUCUUGACAUCAUCUACAGAGUACUCCAAGUCUGUCGGUCUUGCAGUAGACAUCUUUUCUGUCGGUGCCGACUCUGUCAGCUCCAUACUCGACGCCCCCAGCGCUGUUGUGAGCAAUAUGAGCAGCCCGGCGGAUAUCGCUUAUAUCCUCUUCACCAGCGGUAACGGGGGAGAGUCCCAGGGAAUGGUAUUUCAACACCGCAGCUUAGUUUCGUCAUUAAAGUCGCAAGCUCAAGCGCUGAGCUGGCAACCAGGCAGCCGCCUGCUACACAUGGCGCCCUACGUGUCGAGUUGGAGUGUUUAUGAGGUCCUGGGGAUGCUGUUGUCUGGGGGUUGUCUCUGCGUCUCUACUGAUUCGGACCUUGAGCAUAGCCUCUCGCGCGCCAUCCAAGUCACUCAGCCAAACUGGGCAAUACUUCCAUCAGGUGAGCUUGGCAAACUACUGCCGGGUAAUGCCCCCAGCCUGCAGUCCAUAGUGUGCACCGGCGAGCCUUUGCAGAGCAAGGUGAUGACGACGUGGAAUCAUGCCGCACGACUGUUCCGUGGCUGGGGGGCAUGUGAAGCAUCCUUGCUGAGUACACUCUCGGGGGUGAAUUCUGCAUCUCUCGACGUUGACUGCGUCGGGUUCCCGAUUGGUUGUUCAGUUUGGAUAGUGAACCCUCAAAACAUUCACGACCUGGCCCCGAUCGGCAGCACCGGCGAACUGUUGAUUGGGGGUUCGGGUGUGGCACAAGGCUAUUUUGGAGAUGGGCUCAAAACUGCAGCUUCUUUCAUCGCGCCACCUCAAUGGGCUUCUUUGUUUGCGGCUGGCAGCUCCAAGUUUUAUCGCACCGGGGAUCUCGGCAGAUACAACCCUGACGGCAGCAUUGUCUUGGUCGGACGACGAAGCAGCCGCGUCAAGAUCAAGGGGCGGACGGUACAACUUGAAGAGCUCGAAAGGAAGCUUCUCGGCUGUGAUGAACUAAGUCAUGUUGUAAUGCUGACCCAGAUCUCGGCAGGCCGAACCGUAGUCGUGGCUGUGGUCUGUUUAUCCGAUGCCCGUUUACCAACAACAAGAACACUACAGAGACUGCCUCGGCCGCACAAGCAAAUCGUGGACCGCAGUCUCGCCGUUGUCGAAGAAUAUGCGCAAGCAGCCCUACCUUCUGAGGCGGUUCCUACCAUUUGGAUUGCAGUAGAAUGGCUACCUUGGGGAAAUACUCGGAAUGUAGAUAGGGACAGGAUUCGCCGGUGGUUAAACACGUCCAAGAACCUACUUUCUAGCGCAGAUCUCUCUACUACCUAG